UCUCUCUGCAUUAGCCAAAACAGACAGAGGUAAAGCAGAAACACUAUCAAACAAACGGCACAAAACAUUAGUCAUUCGCCGAAAAAACGCGAGAACGCGUCAUUUCUUCCCGUUUUUAUCUGUCACAAAAUGGUCCAGUACGCUUCGCUGUACGACGACCAGUACCGGUACCGGGCGGAACGGCCCUACAACCACGACAAAUGGAAGUUCCUCCGGCGCUGGGACAAACUGAACGGGAUGACGUGGAUCGAGGCCUCGAAGGGAGCGGUUCCGCCGGGGGCGGUCGUCGCCGGCCACCAGGACGGCCACACGCUGUACGUGGGCCGGGCCGAGUGUAUGAGCUCGGUGGCCAUCGGAGUGGUCAACCCGCACAGAAAGGCUUGCUACGUGCCCUGGGGCGGCAAGUCCCACAAGCGGGAAACGUACGAAGUCCUGUGCACGCCGGGCCAGUUUGUCCCGAUCGAUUGCUGCACGACACUGCUCAAGGGAACGCCCGGUGGGAUUUCGGAGCAGGGCGAACCGCUUUACAUUGGCCGCACAAGCCAUCAGGGAGCCCUGAUUGGGGGCAAAAUUCAGAGGUCCUACUUUUUCUGCUAUCUGCCGUACAAGAACAGGGAAGUGGAGCGGCUUGUGUUUGAGAGUGAGAUAUACAUCAAAUCAAGCUAAGUUGAGGGGAGGGAGGAGGUGGUCGAUGGGUGCUCUUGUAAUAAAUUUAUGACUGCUUCGAAAACAAAA